AUGACUGAAAACUCGAGUCUUUUGCUGGCGGAUGUUGGAGAAAUUUUGCCUGAUAUCUAUCGAGUUGACGAUUAUUUGGCAGCCGGAUUGAUCUUUUUGGGUUGCCUUUUGGCAAUACUGAUCACCUCCAGUAUCAGCAUAUUGCCUGACUUAUUUGGCUAUGAUUGUGUCUAUUCAUUUGACUAUACCUGGCUGGCAUGGGGUUAUCCAUUGUCUCCUUGUGGCGAUAUUGCGACCACAUAUUUCUUCUUGCUACAAGCCUACUCGUGCCUUCAAUUCUUCGUUUUCCUUAUCGAUUUGUGCAUGAACACGUUUUUCUCCGAGCCGGAGAGUCGUUUAGUGACUUUUGUCUAUUAUACGCUCAUCUGGAUGUCACUGCACACAGUUGACGGAUUUAUCAUAUUCUUCUUUCGCUUCAAAUCGGUGAAAUCACGAGACAGGGGAUCGGUUCACUUUUUGCGCUCUCGAGUCGGAUCUGUCUCACAAAUUGGUACCAAGUAU